CAAUAAUGAUAAAAAAGCAAUAUCAAGAAUUGCGUUUCUCUACUAAAAAAUACCAAAUUUUAAACUUCAGGCUUAAUAAUAAGAAGAUAAGAAACGUUGAUGUCUAAUAGGCCUACAUAUGAUUAAUAUAUUAUUGAUUUGUUAUUUUGUAAUACUGUUAAAACUCAAUACUAUUUUUCGCUGUUUGCCGGUGUGGACCAUGUGCUUUUGUUUACAUUUGAGGUCACCAACCUAUGACCUGAGAGCGUAAACAACAAUCGUAUGCUUAAAAUUUCGCGCGGUUGUUCGUCGAGUGUUAAGGCAAAGGAAAAAGUUUUGAACGCUGAUAUCAUGUCUGUAUACAUUGAUUCUAAAAGAUUUGCGGAAUUACCGACUACUGAUAUUCAAAUUCUUCCAUGUGAAAUUUGCUGUGAUGGGGAUGCAAGCGUUUCCACUCAUCUAAAAUUAACUUCUGGCCCGCCAUCUAUCUGCUACGUCAACAACACCACUGGAGCCGUGACAACUACUCACGCGAUCACAUCCCCUUCAAGGCCUAGCGAAAGUUACAGUAGUUCAUCAUUUAGAGGCCGACCUCUGUGUGGAAAAAGUACUGAAGUUCCAGAAGGCUUUGCAGGUGUUGUCUUGAAGGAAUCAUGUAAGCCAUUUUCAGAGGAUGAGGAUCGAGUUGUAAGUGUUGAGAAGAAGUUUGAUAGCUUGAUGUACUGGAAACUGGAUGGUGAGCCCUCUAACAACGAUGUGUUCAUUAAGGCUUUGGACUGGAUUGCUAUAGCUGAAGCUAUUCAUUCUGAUGUUGGAGCAGAAGACCCAGAAACGCCGUCAAGUGUUGAUGGCCUUAGGUGAAAGCUAAACAAUUAUAGCAAAAUUCUGUUACAUGAGGAACCAACAAUAAUACAGAUUCAUAUCUGUUUGCUGCCCUCAACACCAACUGGUCAUGUAAUGUAGUUGGAUUUAUAUAGCGCUAUCAAAGCCUCAAUGCGCUUGAGGUGUGGCAUAGCUCCUACAGUAUACUUUUGUAUAAUAGGUUGAAUUGGCAUGGAA